AUGUUCUCAGCCCUGAAGAAGCUGGUGGGCUCGGACCAGACUCCGGUCAGAGACAAGAAUAUCCCUGCGGGGCUGCAGUCCAUGAACCAGGCUCUGCAGAGGAGGUUUGCCAAGGGAGUCCAGUAUAACAUGAAAAUUGUCAUCCGAGGGGACAGGAACACUGGAAAAACCACACUCUGGCACCGACUGCAGGGAAAGAAAUUUAUUGAGGAAUAUAUUCCAACUCAGGAGAUCCAAGUCACCAGCAUCCACUGGAAUUAUAAAACCACUGACGAUAUUGUUAAAGUUGAAGUCUGGGAUGUAGUUGACAAAGGAAAAUGCAAAAAACGAGGAGAUGGUUUGAAACUGGAAAAUGACCCUCAGGAGGCAGAGUCAGAAAUGGCUCUGGAUGCCGAGUUCCUGGAUGUCUAUAAAAACUGCAAUGGCGUAGUGAUGAUGUUUGACAUCACCAAACAGUGGACAUUUAACUAUAUUCUGAGGGAGCUUCCUAAAGUGCCGACCCAUGUUCCAGUGUGCGUGCUUGGGAAUUAUCGAGACAUGGGGGAGCACCGGGUCAUUCUGCCUGGCGACGUGCGGGACCUCAUUGACAAUCUAAACAGGCCUCCCGGCUCCUCAUAUUUUCGCUAUGCUGAGUCUUCCAUGAAGAACAGCUUUGGCCUCAAGUACCUGCACAAGUUCUUCAACAUCCCCUUCUUGCAGCUGCAGAGGGAGACGUUGCUACGGCAGCUGGAGACGAAUCAGCUGGAUAUUGAUGCAACUUUGGAGGAGCUGUCAGUGCAGCAAGAGACAGAAGAUCAAAACUACGAACUCUUCCUUGAAAUGAUGGAAGCCCGAAGUCGAGGACACACGUCGCCACUAACAACUAACGGACAAAGCCCUUCGUCUGGCUCCCAGUCACCCAUAGUACCUCCGAGCUCCACAUCAACAGGCAGCUCCAGCCCUGGCACCCCGCAACCGCCGCAGCCGCUUUCCACAAGCUCCACCAUCUCUCCUGACCCCCCCCCAUCUUUUUCACCAGUGCCUGCCCCCGAGGCCCAGCAACUGCACGCGCCUCCACCAGCUACAGCCUCCCCAGCACCUCCGGCUGCAGUCCCGCCACCGAAACGCAGCAUUAUUUCGCGUCUGUUUGGGACGUCUCCUGUGUCAGACCCCUCUCCUCCCCAGCCAGAUCCUGCUGCUGCCACUCCUUCCCACCCUGAAGCCCCUGCAAAAGUACAGAGUGUAGAGGACUUUGUUCCCGAUGACAGUCUGGACCACAGCUUUCUAGAAGACCCAGCCCCACAGAAGGACAAAGGGAAACUGCAGACUAAACACCGUGUCGAUAGUGAAAGCGAUGGAGAGGCGCCCGGGGGGAACCCCAUGGUGGCAGGUUUCCAAGACGACCUGGAUCUGGAUGACAAAAUCCCCAGCAGACCCGUGCUGGCAGCAGUAGAACGGGUGCCCAGCAAGAACGUCACCCUCUCCAGUGAGGAGGAGGAGGAAGAGGUGAAGGACUCUAAGGUCAUACUCAUACCUGAUGAAGACAUCGACACGGAGCAGGAAAAAAAAAGGUCUUCCAGAAAUUCUCUGAAGCCACAGAGUGAAGCAAUUUUGACCAAAGCAACUGACCCGAAGCCUCCUGACAGUUUACCUCCACAUUCUGGGUCCGAAAGAAACAGCAGCAGCAAGCUCAAUGCUAGCCUGCCAGCUGCUGCUGCUGCCACCCCAGCAGCAGUCCAGGCCCCAAAGACCGCUUCCCAAAGCAAAGGACAUGCUCUCAAGCAGAAAGUGGUCAAAGAGGAAAAGCCUGAGGAGUCUGACAGUGAUCAAGAGGGACCAAUAGCUACUCAGAUGCUCUCAUUUGUUAUGGAUGACCCAGACUUCGAAAGUGAGGAUUCUGACAGCCAGAAGAAGAAAAUGGAUGAAUUCCCGGUCCGGGAAGAUUUCUCUGAAAUAUCUGAUGACGAUACCUCGUUGGCAAAGGCACCCCAGCCUGUAAAAUCAACGGUCCACUCCUUUAAACUGAAAAAUGACUCAGAUCUCUUCGGUUUGGGUUUGGAAGAAACUGGUCCCAAGGAGAGCAGUGAGGAAGGUAAAGCAGAUAAACAACCUUCUAAGGAGAAAAAGAAGAAGAAAAAGAAAAGCAAAGAGGAAGAGGAGAAGUCUGUGAAAAAGAAGAGCAAACACAAGAAGAGCAAAGAGAAGGAGGAGAGCAAAGAGGAUAAAAAGAAAAAGAAGAAGAAGAGCAAGGAGAAAAACAACGAAAUAGAUGAACUUGAGGCUUUUCUUGGAGGAGGAGGAGCCAGCAUGAGCAAGCCGCGAGGAGGUGGGGACUAUGAGGAGCUGUAG